UUGAACUUGCUGGAAUUCGCCGAACGUAGUGAUACAUCUACAUAACCGUGCGUUCUGCAGUUGUAAGGUUAUAACACCGCGAGUCGGCGAGGCGAGGGUGCUAGCGAGCGACGAGGAGGAGAGGACGAAGAGAGCGGAGAGACACGCGGGCGUUUCUCGGUGUUUCCACGCAAUCCUUUUCAUAGCGUAUCGACGAUCACUCGGAACGGUCUCGGCGAAAUUCCCCGGGUCCCCGCUGCAUCAUGGCGAUGAACGCGCAAUAUGAGGCGAUCGGUAAGGGCUUCGUCCAGCAGUAUUACAUGCUCUUCGACGACCCCGCGCAGAGGCCGAAUCUUAUAAACAUGUAUAACACGGAGACGUCUUUCAUGACGUUCGAAGGCCUACAGUUACAAGGCGCCAUGAAGAUAAUGGAGAAGUUAACUAGCUUAUCUUUUCAAAAGAUAAAUCGGAUAAUAACAGCGAUCGAUUCACAGCCCAUGUUUGAUGGUGGAGUUCUCAUUAAUGUAUUAGGAAGGCUGCAGACUGACGAGGAUCAGCCCCAUGCGUACAUCCAGACGUUUGUCCUGAAGCCGAUCGGCACCAGCUUUUACGUGCAGCACGAUAUCUUCAGACUCGCAUUGCACGACACGGUUUAGGCACCAGGCAGACGAGGAUCCACCGCACGCCUUCUCACAGACCUUUGUGCUAAAGCCGAUGGGGAAUUCAUACUUCUGUCAGCACGAUAUCUUUCGCCUUGGCAUUCAUGAUACCGCGUGAACAAUGAGAGAUCGGGCUGGUUCACCGCGACCAGUAACCAAUCAUCAUGGGCGGGGGUUGCCGUGCGACGGACAUCCCGAAGAGAUCGAGCCAAGUGAGCGCAGCCACCCGUCGCCAUUGAUCCUUUUCUUCUACAUCACGAUCGCAUACCUACUCAUCUACCUACCCCCUGCCCACCGUUUCCCCUCCCCCUCCUUCAUUAUUUCUAGAUAUCACAAGUUUUAUAUGAAGAAUAUUUGUCCGCUUAUAUCUUGGCCACGAAAAAGAAAACAGAAGUCAAGAGAUUAAUAAAAUCAUGUGUUGUAUACACUCACACAUCUACACACAAUCUCUACCAACUCGCUUCUCCUCCAUAUAAUAUAAAAUACACACACACAUACACACACAGAUAGAUAUAUAUAUAUAUAUAUACGCCCCGGGCGUAAUAUAUAUAUAUAUAUAUAUAUAUUACGAAGAUAUGCGUUACUUCUCUGAAAAAAGGAUUUACGUCACUUGGUUAAUCUCAUAUGCGAAUUUACGGUAGCACAAUACACAUACAUACAGACGUAUAUUUAGGUAAUCUUGUCGGGAGAAUUUGAUUUUCGACGGCAGGUAACGUUUGCAUUAUUAAAUACGCUUCAAAAUGUAUUGUAACAUAUUUUACAUUAAUGCUGUGUAUUUUUGUAAUACGACUGUUGGCCAUUAAAUACAAGAAUACGGAAUUAA